UAAAAUCAGCCACGUGGAGCCUUUCCUCCCGGGGGUGAUGGUAGUGGUGACUUCCUGCUUCAUUUUAGCAAGCUGGGCUGAAAGAGUAGCAAGGAGGAGAGAGAGGGAGAGGACUCACGCGUAUAUACCAAGAGAACAGGAACAUCCAGGCAGAUAGAGGGAGGGAGGGAGGAUCUUUAAAAAAAAAAGUUUGUGGUUUGCAGCGAGACAACACAGCGAGCAGCAAGAGUCGGGGAAGAAGAGGCGGCGGCGGCGGCAGCAGCAGAGAGAUUGAGGAAGGCUGAGGGGAAGAGAAGUGAAGCUGCAGGGAAGGAAGCUAGACCGAGGCUCGGCGCCAGGCGCCUGCUGCCUCAGAGAGAGAGCGAGCGAGAGAGAGAAAGGCGGCGGCAACAGCAGCAACAGCGAAAGGGGGGAAGAAACCACGCAGAGCUCAGCUCAGCAGAAGUGAGGCGCAACAACAGCAGUUGCUGGGAGGGGGUGGGGACAACAGCGGGAGCCUGGCGGCGGCGGCGGCGGCUGAGCGGAGCUGGUCGGGCCGGCGCCGAGGAUGCGGCUGAAGCUGGGCUUCCUUUUGCGCGCUGUGCUGCUGCUCGGCUCCUUCCUGGGGCUGCUGCUACUCUGGUCGUCGCUCUCGCCGCGCGUAGAGGAGCCCAGCCCGGGAGACAGGAUUAGGGAUAACAGGGAAGCCAACAAUCUCAUGCCAAACAAUGGAGACCAUGGCCUGGUUCCUGGAAAUGACAAAUUCAAGCCUGUGUUACCCUGGCCUCAUGUUGAAGGUGUUGAAGUAGACUUGGAAUCAAUUCGGCGAAGGAAUAAGGCCAAAAAUGAAGGGAAUCCUCUUGUUGGUGGCAAUAAUGAUCAGCAAAACAUAAUGCAGCGACAAUAUCUCACAUUUAAGCCACAGACGCUUAUCUACCAUGAUCCUGUAUUGCGAUCUGGAAUUCUUGGUAACUUUGAACCCAAAGAACCUGAGCCUCAUGGAGUUGCAGGUGGCCCUGGUGAGGAAGCCAAGCCAUAUAUUUUAGGACCAGAAUAUAAAGAAUCUGUUCAAGCCAGCGUUAAAGAAUUUGGGUUUAACAUGGUAGCAAGUGAUAUGAUCUCACUAGAUCGAAGCAUUAAUGACUUGCGUCAAGAAGAAUGCAAGUAUUGGCAUUAUGAUGAAAAUCUACUCACCUCCAGUGUUGUCAUUGUCUUCCAUAAUGAAGGAUGGUCCACACUCAUGAGGACGGUUCACAGUGUAAUUAAAAGAACUCCAAGGAAAUACCUGGCUGAAAUUGUCUUAAUAGAUGAUUUUAGUAAUAAAGCACACUUAAAAGAAAGACUAGAGGAAUAUAUUAAGCAGUGGAAUGGCCUUGUAAAGAUUUUUCGAAAUGAAAGGAGAGAAGGUUUAAUUCAAGCUAGAAGCAUUGGAGCCCAGAAGGCUAAACUUGGACAGGUUUUAAUUUACCUUGAUGCCCACUGUGAGGUGGCAGUAAACUGGUAUGCACCAUUAAUAGCUCCUAUAUCUAAAGACAGAACUACAUGCACUGUGCCUCUAAUAGAUUACAUAGAUGGGAAUGACUAUUCUAUUGAACCACAGCAAGGUGGGGAUGAAGAUGGCUUUGCCAGAGGGGCCUGGGACUGGAGCUUGCUAUGGAAACGUAUUCCAUUAAGCCACAAGGAAAAGGCAAAAAGAAACUAUAAAACUGAGCCAUAUCGAUCACCUGCAAUGGCCGGUGGAUUAUUUGCCAUUGAACGUGACUUCUUUUUUGAGCUGGGUCUCUAUGAUCCAGGUCUUCAAAUCUGGGGUGGGGAAAACUUUGAAAUAUCUUAUAAGAUUUGGCAGUGUGGAGGGAGGCUUCUGUUUGCGCCUUGUUCUCGUGUUGGACAUAUUUAUCGUCUCCAGGGAUGGCAAGGGAAUCCACCGCCAGCAUAUGUUGGAUCAUCUCCUACUCUAAAGAACUAUGUCCGAGUUGUGGAGGUGUGGUGGGAUGAAUACAAAGACUACUUCUAUGCUAGUCGUCCUGAGACAAAAGCGCUAGCCUAUGGUGAUAUAUCUGACCUGAAGAAAUUUCGUGAAGAUCACAAGUGCAAAAGUUUUAAAUGGUUUAUGGAAGAAAUAGCUUAUGAUAUAACUUCUCAUUAUCCUUUGCCACCUAAAAAUCUGGAGUGGGGAGAGAUUAGAGGCUUUGAAACUGCUUACUGCAUAGACAGUAUGGGGCAUUCCAAUGGGGGCUUUUUGGAACUUGGACCAUGCCACAGAAUGGGAGGAAAUCAACUGUUCAGAAUUAAUGAAGCUAACCAGCUCAUGCAAUAUGACCAGUGCUUAACUAAAGGACCUGAUGGAUCAAAAGUUAUGAUUACACACUGCAAUCUAAAUGAAUACAAGGAAUGGCAGUACUUCAAGAAUCUACAUAGAUUUACUCAUAUCCCUUCCGGGAAAUGUUUGGACCGUUCAGAGGUUCUACACCAAGUGUUUAUUUCAGAGUGUGACUCAAGUAAAGCAACACAAAAAUGGGAAAUGAACAAUAUCCUUAGUGUGUAGACAAAAUUGCUUGAACCUACCUACUGACAGAUUUAAUUCAUAUAGGACUGAAAAUAGCCUGAAAACUGCUGCAACUAUUAACUUUGUACAGCUGCGAGCCUGGAACCUCCUGAUCUGGAUGAAGGACAUAGAUGGAUGGUGAUAGAUUUAUCAACUUGCAGUUGAUGUUUACAAAAACUGCUCUUACCUUAAACUUUAAUAGAUGUUUACAUCUCUUUUUUAUUUUGUUCUAGGAUUUUUGUUUUGUUAAAUGUGUUUAGUUAUUAAUGUACUGUGCUUUUGACUCUGUUUCUGUUUUACUGGAACAAAGCUAAAAGCACUGGCUUGGAUCCGAAGUAGCGGGAAGUUGCUUCCACUCAUGCAAGGGUGCUUUUCUGCUUCAUCUUUUGGUGGCAGCUCCCAUUCCAAAAAGCCUAUCCUGAUGGCUGAAGAAACUUCUGGAAUGGCUUUUUGAGUGGCAAAAAGGGCUGGGAAUUAGAAUUGGAAGCUUCCCAUAUGCGUGUGUGUACAAGUGCUAUCCACUUGUGUACAAGCAGGGGGAUUGGAUCUAAGCAUUUUAUUCUCGUAUUUGGGAUUACACUCAGGGGUCUGCAGGCAGUUUUUUUUUAAACACACUUGAAAAAGGUUGGAGUAACCAGACUUUGCUAUAAUGGUGAUUAUCAACCUGUUGUAUGUUGUUUUGAUUUUACAUCUUACCAAGCACUGCCAUGGGUUUUUAGCCAGGGUGGCCUUUCACAGUCAUGCUGCUUUUUUGAAAGGUGAAUUUUCAACAUAUUUAGUGCCUCUUUAAUUUUUCCUCGGUAAUUCAUAAGAAAAACAUUUCUCAUAGAACAAGUUUGAAGUGUCUCCUUAAUAGGGAUGAGUUGGUAAUGCUCUCAUUAUGAUUAAAGAGAAAGAUAUUGGCAACUUGACAAUAAUACUCUUUAUUCUGUAUUGAUAAGGUAACCAACUGAGACACAAGUUAUACCAGGAAUGCUGUGAGAGGAACCUGAAAUAGUGAUGCGCAAAUUUCAUUGGAACCUUUAAAGAAGAUUGUAAUUAACAUACUGGGUAGCACUUAAAUCCAUGAGCCACUUGUGUAAAAUAGCAUUAACGCAGCUUGAGUCUACUAUUUUGCAAUAUAAACUGGAAACUGAAUUCUAGCACUAUGUGAUGCAUUCAGUGGAAGUGAGCACUCCUAAUUUCAGCUAAAAAAUUCAAGCACUAACUUCCCUGCUGUGUCAUGCCUUACAAAACGUAUAUGUCAAAAUUGAAAUAUGUGUAUAUCUGCACAAUGUAGAACAGUAAAACUGAUCCAAUUCUUUACUUUUCUUCUGAUAAAUGGAAAUCUAAGAUGAACUAAAAUGUUUUUUAAAAUUCAAAAUGAUUUUACAAGCACUCAGCAUGUAAAGGGAUAUUGUCAACUAGUUAGAGUUAGAGAUCCAUAUAUAGACUAGAAAUAGGCAAACGGGGUAAAGUGUUUUUUUUAAAUUUUGUACAGAAGUGGCUUCACAGGUUCUCCAUUCCUUCAAAUAAUUAAGAGAAUGGUUGAAACCUGGGGGGGGGGGUUUACACCUUGUGUUGUGAACCCAAGUUUAUAUGACAUGAACAGGAAAUGAAUAAUAAAGAUACAAAGAAGAAAAAUUAAGGAAAGGUUUCUUAAAACAUUUGUGUUAAAUAUUACCCUAAAAGUCAACAUGGGGUGGGGGAGAAGAAUAAUGAAAAAACAAGAGCUACUGCAGUAUUUAAUUCUGAUUCAAAGGCAGAGGUCUUGGCCACAAUUCAAUAGAGAUUUCAAGAUGCUUCUUAGAUUGUGGCCCUGGUGUGCAGUUAUGCACACCUGAAUUUUACUGAAAUCAGUUAAGUUCCUAUAUAUGUGACUGCAGAAUUUUAGCUCAAAAUUAAACUCCUAAGUGAUUUGAUUGAGUUUCAAUAAUAAUAAUUCCUUGACUCUCAUUUAACCAACUCCUUAAAAUGAGCAAUGGAGGCACUUCAGUUACAAGGCCAAAUUUUAUUUUAGAUGCAGUUCAGUGUUGCAUAUAACAUUUAGUCAACGUGGCAUUUUGGCCGUAAGAAGGCCAGGUACAUAUAGUUUAGAAUCUUUUUUUUUUCUGGCAUCAGUCAUUUUGGGCCUCUUUUAAAGGGUGUGAAUAAUUAAAUUUGAAAAUGGAGGAUGAAAUUUAAAAAAAGGUAAUAAAGGUGUGGGUACAUUUUAUUGUUUGUGUGUAUGAAAACCAAGUUUCAUUUUCUUUGUUGGAUAGAGCUUAAUUUAAUCACAUUACUAUGCAUAAGUGAAAGACUGCACAUCGAUUGUCCAGGUGUGUAUGUAUUAAAUGGGUAUUGUGUGCAAUUCCAUUAAAAUCCAAUACUGUAUGUGAAUAUGAAUCUGUAUUUUUAAACUCCAAAUCUUACAAGACAACAUAAGCUUACUCCUAAUGACUUUUCCUACUGUAACCUGCUUUUUAAAAAAAUGUUCCAUAACUUGCUUUGUAAGUUGAUCACUAUGCAUUUCUACACAUUUUAUAAAUUUGAUUUAUGCAGAUUUUGAUAUACUGUAUGUUUCUGUAAAGAUUGUAUAAAUCUUCAAAAGUUUUAAUAGGGAUAAAUCUGGGUAUCUUGUGUAUCUUAAUUCUGGGUUGCCUGUUUUUAGGUGAGGAAAAU